UCCUCCCUACUAGGCCGCUCUGCCCCUCCCCCUCCCUCCGGGCGUCUAUGGUUCAAUUAAAGGGGCCGCUCGGCUGGCAGGGCUGCGGGAUCCCGAGAUGCUGCUGACGGUGAAGGCGCUUCAGGGCCGGGAAUGCAGCCUGCAGGUUUCCCCGGAUGAGCGCAUCUCCUCUCUCAAACGCCUGGUCUCAGAGAAACUGAAUGUGCCCGUGUCCCAACAGCGUCUGCUUUUCAAAGGGAAAGCCCUGGCAGAUGAGCACCGCCUCUCCGAUUACUCCAUUGGGCCGGAGUCCAAGCUCAACCUAGUGAUCAAGCCGCCGGAGAAGGCUUCCCCUGAGGAAGCGGGCCACAAAGGGGUUCCCCCCCAGACGCCCGCUAUUUGGCACACGCUGGCCCAAGUUCUGGGCAGGCAUUACAGUACAGGCGACACAGAGAAAGUGCUGGAGCAGCUGCAGAAGGAUUAUGACCGGAGCCUUCGGCUGCUGAGCUUGGAUGACAUUGAGCGUCUGGCCACACGUCUGCUUCACCCAGAGGUGGCGGAGGCCAUAGAAAUGGGCUUUCUGGAUUAGCUGCCGGACUCGGGGAUUGAUUCCC